GCUUAUAUAAUUUGAAAAUGGCCGACUACAGCUCUAAGAAAUUUCAGCCAAAUGCUGGCGAUUGGAUUUGUGGGGAUAAGAAAUGUGGUAACGUAAAUUUUUCUAAACGGGAAAAAUGUAAUCGCUGUGGUAGAAGCCGAAUGGACGGUGAAGUAUAUCAGAAAGGCGGAAUGGAGAUCGGAAAGAACAUAGCUGAAAAGAGCAAAGGCCUUUUUUCAGCUGAUGAUUGGCAAUGCAAAACUUGUGGCAAUAUUAAUUGGGCCAGACGAAAUGCCUGCAACAUUUGCAACGCACCUAAACAUGGUAAAGUGGAAAAGAGAACUGGCUACGGUGGCGGUUUCAUGGAACGUGACGAGGUGGUAGAAUACAAAGAGUACAAAGAUGAGGAUAAUGAGUAUGAUGAGUUUGGGAGAAAAAAAAAAGAAUAUAGAGUAUCUGCUGUGACCAAGAAGGACUCAGGAGAGAGUGGUCGUGCUGAUGGUGAUGAAGAUGACGAUAGCGGAAUUCUCGAAGAUCAUCCCAUCUUUCAUCAUCGUCUUCGUCGUCAUAUCGGAGUCGAUCAAGAUCGAGGUCGAGAGAUCGUAAAAGAAGUCGACGAAGGGGAUACUCAUCAAGCAGAUCUAGAUCAAGAUCCAGAUCACGUUCAAGGGACAGAUACAGAAGGAGGAGAUCGUCUCCAGAUCGGCAUUCAAGAAGGCGAAGGAGUAGAUCUUAUGACAGGCGAAGAAGAUCAAGGUGAUAAUAUAACUUUUGUUGUUGUUAGAUAUCUUAAAAGAAUAUCAUUCUUUUAA